CGUUUCCACCGGAAGCAUUAACGGCACGCCACGCAAAACAAUCGUUUGAGUGUAUUGACGUUCAUCUGAUGCGCAUUCUCCAUUUUUAUUUUUAUUAUCUUGAUGUACAUUCGCUUGGACUAACAUUAACCUCGACCAAACGCUAACGACAGGCACCUUGACCCCUGUUCAAACCGAAAGCGGGAGGAUAGGAGCGUUGCUAUGGCGGCCGGUGGCUCCGACGCCGACUGCGACUGGCUUCGCUCGGGUCCACUAGAGUGGAGCGCUUACGUCAACAACGAGCUCCGAGUGACGACGGCGGGAAAAGAGUUCGGAGGCUGGUUGCUCACCGUCGACCCCGUGUCUGGCAGCCUGGUUCUGGUCACCUUGGGCACGACGGUGGACGAGCCCGACGCCAUCCGGGUGGUGAUGGGCGACGCGGUACGGCGCGUGGAGAAACUACGGAAGGCGGACGAUGCUGCUGCCUCGCGUCUGCGCCGGCUGUUUCCCGCACCGGCGCCCGGCGGGUCGGAUCCACGACGGCGGGACGCGCUCCACCGCUGGCUUGAGAGCCACCACGUGCCCGUGGAGGAACGCGGCGACGGGCUGCGGGUGGCCGGCGCGCUCACCGUGGCGCCGCCGUACGGGCCGGACGACUGUGUCGGCGACAACCCUGUCGUCUUGCACAGGGUGCGGAAGCUGCUGGAACAAUACUACGCACAGGAAGUCGCUCCUUCUCACUUAUGUUCCGUCAAAUAAACACUUAUCAAUGAAUCACAUUUUUUGGGGCACCUCAACUAAGGGUGGGAAUGUCACGAUCAGUGGUGGAUACUGGACUUUCAAUGAUGGGAAGCUCAGGGGGAGGAGCUCAGCGGCACUCACUGUUUGGUAGGGAAAGAAACUAGAACGCCAGAAGUCUGCAAACACAAGUAGCUAUAAUAAUUCAACAGGAAGUAACCUGAUAUGACCAGGACAUGUCCGCAAAUCAAAUGGAAGUGACCUGAUACCAAUAGGACAUUCCCUAAAUCAACAGGAAGUGUGACCUGAUAUGACCAGGACAUGUCCCCCAAAUGUCCCCAAAUCAACAGGAAGGGACCUGAUAUGACCAGGACAUGUCCCAAAAUGACAGAAAGUGACCUGAUAUCAACAGGACAUGUCCCCAAAUCAACAGGAAGUGACCUGAUAUCAAUAUGUCCCCAAAUCAAUAGGAAGUGACCUGAUAUGACAAGGACAUGUCCCCCAAAUGUCACCAAAUCAACAGGAAGUGACCUGAUAUGACCAGGACAUGUCCCCCAAAUGUCACAAAAUCAACAGGAAGUAACCUGAUAUCACUAGGACAUGUCCCCCAAAUGUCACCAAAUGAACAAGAAGUGACCUGAUAUGACCAGGACAUGUCCCCCAAUGUCCUCAAAUCAACAGGAAGUGACCUGAUAUCAAUAGGACAUGUCCCCGGAAUGUCCCCAAAUCAACAGUAAGUGACCUGAUAUCAAUAGGACAUGUCCCCGGAAUGUUCCCAAAUCAACAGUAAGUGACCUGAUAUCGGUAGGACAUGUCCCCAAAUAAACAGGAAGUAACCUGAUAUCAAUUGGACAUGUCCCCAAUUUAACAGGAAGGGACAUGAUAUUAAUAGGACAUGUCCCCAAAUCAACAGGGAGUGACCUGAUAUCAAUACGACAUGUUCCCAAAAUGUCCCCUAAUCAGCAGGAAGGGACAUGAUAAUCAAUGGGACAUGUCCCCAAAUCAGCAGAAAGUGACCUGAUAUGACCAGGACAUGUCCCCCCCCAAUGUCACCAAAUCAACAGGAAGUUACCUGAUAUGACGAGGACAUGUCCCCUAAUGCCCCCAAAUCAACAGGAAGUGAUCUGAUAUGACCAGGACAAGUACCCAAAUGACAGGAAGUGACCUUGAUAUGACCAGGACAUGUCCCCGAGUGUCCCCAAAUCAACAGGAAGUGACCUGAUAUCAAUAGGACAUGUCCCCAAAUAUAACAAGAUCAUUGAUUCGCUCAUUUUGCUGUCAAUCAAAAAGUGAUUCAGCCUCAGACAAUUAUUCCAAACAUCAUGCUGAGAAGCAGUGUGUUAGUUGUUUUUAAUUUUUUCCUUUUAUUGUGUUGUUUUAAAUUGGGCAUUGAGUCUGUUAAUUCAAUAUCUUGUUCACAAUCUCAAUCUUAGAAUCUCAUUGGAUGGAUAAAUGUUCCAAAAUUUAAAGUGAACUUCUAUUACUUUUGAGCUGACUGGGUAUUGUAUGUAAUGUACCAAGUUCAGUUUUUUUCCAUCAACAAUUGAACAGAUUUUCGAAAUGUUUUUUUUUUUUUCUAACAAUACAGCAAUUCACAUCUACAUGACAGACGGAAAAACAAAACUCCUACAAGUACAAUAUGCCAGGGGUUUAAAAAAAAAAAAAAAAACAUUAAAUCUGGAACAAUA